AACCAUAAAAAACGCUGAGUUUAUGCAUAAACAUUACGCUUUACAAGCAAAUAAUUUAUUAAAAUUAUAAUCUGCAUUAUUAAUUAUUAUAUACAAUUUGAAUGUUGGUUCAUUAAAUUUAUUAGUGCACAAUGGGAAAACAUGAAGUUGGAACACCCAAAUAUAUUGCCAAUAAAAUUAAAGCUAAAGGUUUGCAAAAGUUGAGAUGGUACUGUCAAAUGUGUCAAAAACAGUGUCGAGACGAAAAUGGAUUCAAAUGUCAUACGAUGUCGGAAUCUCAUCACAGACAAAUGCUCUUAUUUGCUGACAGUCAACAUAAGUAUAUGGAUCAAUUUUCUAGAGAAUUUUCUGAUGGGUAUUUGAAUUUACUAAAACGUCAAUUUGGUACACGUCGAGUAUCUGCCAAUAGAGUUUAUCAAGAUUAUAUCACAGACAGACAUCAUAUUCAUAUGAAUGCUACGAUUUGGUACAGUCUUACAGCUUUUGUUAAAUGGCUUGGUCGCACAGGAAAAUGUGUUGUAGAUGAAACGGAGAAAGGAUGGUUUGUUACAUACAUUGAUCGUGAUCCAGAGACUCUAGCAGCUCAAGAACGAAAAGCUAAAAAGCAGAAAAUGGAUAAAGAUGAUGCAGAGCGUAUGAUGGAGUUCAUCGAAAAACAAGUUGAAAAAGGCAGUCAAGAACAAAAAGAUACUUCUGAUGACACAGCUACACCAUUGAUGCGUUCGGAAGAAGAUGGUCCUUUAGUUUUGGAGCUGAAACUUAAACCUAGAUUACCCCAAGUAAUGGGUCCACCAUUGAAACCACCCAAAAAAUUAAUUAACGAUCGUGAUAUAAAAAAAGAACCUAUCGAUUCAAAUGAAGGAACCAGUGAUGAAGGAAAUGUAGAUAGAAAUACAAAUGAUUCAGAGGAAUGUGAAAGUCAUUCAUACAGAAGCUUUAAAAGAAAAGACUAUGAUGAGGAUUCUGCUAGAAAAAAGAAACAUAGUAAAAGAAAAUCAGAAGAGCGUGAAGAAAAAUCUACUGAAGGAUGGCUACGAGAAGGAUUAGUUGUUAAAAUAAUCACAAAAAAAUUAGGCUCGAAAUAUUAUAAAGCUAAAGGAGUAGUGCAGGGUCCAAUGUUAGAUUCUGGAUUUGUGGCUAAAGUAAAAUUAUCUUCUCCAGAAGAUGUAGAAGGACACGUGAUAAAAAUUGAUCAAGAAUAUCUAGAAACAGUUAUACCAGCGAUUGGAAAAGAAGUGAUGAUUGUUCAAGGAAAAUAUCGAGGUUCCAUAGCUACAGUUGAAAAAGUUAGAAUUGAAGAAUUUAGCGUUGAUGUUGAAAUUAUUAAGGAUAAUAAAUACGUGAAAAAACUUCCUUAUGAAUAUAUUUGUAAAUAUGUUGGCUGAUGAUCAUUCUAGAUAUAAUUAAUUUAUUGGAAACAAUGUACAUUAUUUAAAAAAUUUUAUAUUUAUUUACAAAAUCAAGUAGAUUCACCAAUAA